AUGACUCAUACUAUUGAAACGGGCUUUAAACAAGGCGCUCUUGAACACAACAUUACAAAGAAAAAGAAAAGUAAACCAUUACCUUGUGUGUGGCAUACGGGUCUUGUUGCUUACGGCCGGGAGUACUAUUUUGGUUCAUCGGGGAUAGAGAGCUGCAGACCGGGUGAAACAAUCUUAGGAGCCCCGGAUCAAAUUGUACCCCUAGGACAGACAGAGCUACCGUAUUCUCUUUUCCUGGAGUACGUCUUUGGAUUAGGAGAGACCACUUACAAACCUGGAAGCUACCACCUGCUAGAACACAAUAGCAAUUGCUUCAGUUCAGAAGUGUGUCAAUUUCUGACGGGUGGACCUAUCCCCAGUGAGAUAAGGGAAGUGGCCAAAGAAAUUUCGUCGAAUAAGACGCUCAGUUCCGCUCUGACAGAGUACUUUCACAAGUUGAGUUUGAAAGCGGAAGGGUCAAAGGGCCUGAGCUUCGGACCCGUGGUGUCCGAGGAACACAGGAACGGUCACGCCGAGGUUAACGGAGUGAAGCCCAACGGUGGAAGUGGACGGAGGAAAAAGUCGCAGCAGAUCAAUCCUCCAGACGGACAAGACGGAGACCGCAAGUCCGAACAGUCAAACGGUGCCACUCGCAAAAAGCGUUCUUCUGUAGCAAUGCCCGCUGGGGAGAGUAGCCCCAUGAACGGAGCGACCUCACAGGAACCACCCAAACCCGCCCCACAGCCAACAGAGAAUAAUAACAAUAACAACCCCCCGGAGGAACAAGCACAAGCAAGCGCACAAGCUGCACCACCACCAGCACCUGACAGAACAGCGGCUGCAGCAGAAGACGGAGUUAGUGCGGAGGAUGGAGACACACUUCCCGCCUACACCCCGCGAAGGAGCAGACGAUAUGAAGACCCUCCUGUCACUUUUCCAGAAGUAGACGGUCCGAGUUUAUUGCGGAGUCUGAUGGAAAAGACAGACGCCAAGUUGAGUCCGGAAGAAAAGCGAGAUUUGAGUGACAUCAUGGAGUACAUCACCACAGAGGGGGGUGCUUGGGCUCUAGGCACCUCGCAUCUUAAUACAUUCGAUCAUUUGAUGGAAAACAAAGAAGAUCCGUCCAUACCAGCAUUGUCUUUGAAGGUUCUCCGCGCAGUGUGUCGGAAAGAUGACUCCAUAUUGCUUCUUCACCAAGACAGACAGAACCACAGCCUCAUGAAGCAUUUCCGGAGGAUUGAACACCUCAGCGAAGAGUUACAGAUGGAUACUGCACUUCUGCUGUGUGAGUUGAGUGCUAAUCCUUCCUGCAUCGACUGGUUAACCUACAUAUCCGAGUGGCAGGACGAGAACGGGCGCCCCACCAGCAACUCUCGGUGCACGACGGCAGCAGCAGUGCACGCCCUGCUCAGCCCCAGCACCAAGGAAGUCGGCUGCGCCCUCGUCUUCAACCUUGCUCUAAAGAAGGAGUUAUUUGAGGAUAUGGCAACAGAAAUUUCAAUGGCUGUACUCCAGUUUCUGCAAACCCCUCCAGAGGAACCUUUACUGUAUCAGAGCUUAACUUCUCUCUUAAGGUUUAUGUGCAUCAGCUACAAUGAAAUUCCCGCUCUAGUCCAGAUGCUUGGUCCUGACGUGGAGUCUUUCCGCGGUGCUUCCCCGAGAAUCGACGAAAGGGUGGAAGAGAUUCAAAUGAAACUUCGGACGGCCCCUCUUCGACACUGACCUUAGAACGAAUACUUUUUUUUGCAUUAAAGUUUGUGCUAAUGAUGCUUUUGUCAAUAAACUUUUGUUAACGAA